AUGCUAGUCCCUGGCUUCAUCGAAGUGGCAGUGAUACUGGCUGGCAAUUACCCCGACGCGCCUGGCGCGCCUUGGGUUCUGCGAUAUCUUCUCCCGCCUGGCGGCCUUGACGCUCUACGUCUAACAGUCCCCUUCCUCGCUGGCUGGGCUCUCAACCUUGCCGGCACCCUCCUCCGCGUCCACUGCUACCGCAAGCUCGACCGGCACUUCACCUACGAGCUCGCCGUGCAGAAGGACCAGAAGCUCGUCACCGACGGCGUCUACGGGAUCGUGCGCCACCCCAGCUACACCGCGGCCGUCGCUGCGUGCAUCGGGUUCUACAUGGCGCAGCUCUGCCCAGGAAGCUGGCUGUACGAGUACAUCGGCGUGGUGCCUACUGCGCUGCUCGGGACGGGCCUGUUCGCGAUCAUGGUUGUGGGGCUAGGGGAACGCAUCCGGACAGAGGAUGAUAUGCUGAAGAAUAACUUUGGGGAACAGUGGCAGGAGUGGGCGAAGCGGGUUCCGUAUAGGAUUAUACCCGGCCUUAUCUGA